GUUCAGAAAAAGAUAUUCGUAUUCAUUUUGGAGCUUUUUUAAACAACGCAGGGAUUCUUGCUGUUAAUUGUGUGUUGUGAAUUGCAGAAGAAGAAGAACAUUAGAAUUCAAGAAAAUCUAUUAAAAUUGAAAUACAUACAAAACAUAAAAAAUCACAGAAAUAUGGCGUAUAAAAUGGAAUGGUACAUAGGCACCGAAUGGAAAAUGCCUCGUAAAGGUUUGUAUAAAAAGGUGCUGGCUUUGGACUUCAAAAGGCUCUGCAAACCACACCUAUUAUCCACAGUAAUUGUUAGUAUUGAACAAGUAUUAAAUCUUCGAGGACGUGAAUCUAUAUAUCUGGACGAUCAAAAAGCAAAACAAGACGUUACAAUCGAAAUGGGUAAAGCCUGCACCCCGUUGGAUUAUUACUUGGAAAUCCUAGUGCAGCAAAUGAUUGAAGGCGAAACAGCUGAAUGUAUCAUAGAGACAAAAAUCUUACCGGUGGUGUGCAUUUUAACAUUGAAAAGUGUUUUGGAAAGUAAAGAAAUUCAAAUGUUAAGACCGCCAGAAAUAUAUCAGUUAGCUUUAAAUUAUAAGGAGAACGGUGUGAAAAUGUUCAGAACUUAUCCGAAAUUUGCUCAUGAAUAUUUUGCGAGAGCAGCAAAGUGUUUAAUUUCGUACAAAAAAUUUGAAAAUUUAACCAAAAAACGGGAUGGAAUAGCCGGUAAAGAUAUGGAAGAUUUAAUGUUACAAAUCCACACUAAUUUGGCGGCUUGUCUACUAAUCGAGAAACGAUAUGAAGAUGUUAUCUAUCAUACGAAUUUCGUUGACAAUAUGAAUGAGCCAGCGGAGAAGAGUGUCUAUCGGCGUGCUGUCGCCUAUUAUCAUAUGAAAGAAUUCGAAUUGGCUCAGAAGACUAUAGAACGGCUGCCGAAUUUCCGAAAAAAAAAAGAAUUCAUGAGCUUAUAUCAAAAAGUGAAAGAUGGUUGGAAAACUAGUAAUAAUCAAUAUAAGGGAAUGGUUCAGAAAAUGUUUAGUUAAAAACUACUUUUUAUAUUUAGCAUGUAAGAUAAGCGAAUAUUUGUUACCUCUUAUAAAAACAAA